AUAGUGAACAUUUGCGAAAGAAAAUAUGCAUGCUCAUAUUUUGAAGUAAUGUGUAUAGAUUUAACUUUUUCAACAAUUUGUUAAUAGAGCCGGCUUAAGAAGCGAUCUGACAUAUUAAGUCACACAAAAUAGAUAAAAUAUUCCAUUAGGAGAUGUCAAACCUGAAACUGAUCAUUAGUAUAAUCCAAUAUCUUAAAGAAGAGGCCAGUAAAGAAAGUGUAAAUGCAGAUACCCGAGAAAGCUUAGAGGUGGCUGUUCAGUGUCUGCAAACUGCAUAUGAUCUAGAGCCAAAUGAUCCAAGAUUAAAUCAGACAGAAGCAUUUUCACUAGCAGCUCUUUUUGAUAUAGCACUUGCUUCUCCAUCUUCAACAGAUGUUAUAACUGACAGCGAAGAUACUAAAGAUCCAAUGAAAAAAGCUGAAAUGAUGAAAAAUCUCGGAAAUAACUUGAUGAAGACUAAUAUGUUCUCGGAAGCUGUUCGUUAUUAUACUGCAGCAAUUGACCUUGAUGGUCAAAAUGCAAUAUAUUAUGGUAACAGAGCUGCCGCUUACAGCAAGUUAGGUGACUUUAAAAAUGCUGUCACUGACUGUGAAAAAGCAGUUGAAAUUGAUCCUAAUUAUGCCAAAGCUUAUGGAAGACUAGGUUUAGCAUAUGCUAGUCUUAAUAAACAUGAAGAAGCUGUUGCAACGUUUAGAAGAGCUUUAGAAUUAGAUCCUGAAAAUGAGAGCUAUAAAAGUAAUCUUAAAAUUGCACUUGAAAAGGGAGAUAAACCCCAAAUGGAUGCUCCACCAUCAAUGCCUGGUCCUCUCGCUGGCCUAGCUCAAGUUGAUUGGAGGACAUUAUUUAGCAAUCCAAUUUUUCGAAACAUGGCGUCUUCCUUAAUGCAAGAUCCAAAUAUCAUCAGUGCCCUCACAUCCACAAUGGCAGGUGGUAUGAAUCCAAAUGCUGCACAAUCACCAAGAGGAGGUGAUGGCGAUGCUCCGCCUCCUGGCCUGGAUAAUGGAAAUAUGAAUGUAUUGUAUGAAGCUGGGCAGUACUUAGCUGCUCAGUUGCAAGCUGCAAAUCCAGACCUUGUAGAGCAAAUCCGUCAAAAUACUUCUAGGAAUAAUCCCGGUCCAGAUGGUUCCUCCACAGAGUAAUGACAAGAAUAGCCCAAUAUCUUCAUAUUAAUAAAAUUGUUAUCAUACAUGGUAUUAAUAAGUUGAUCUAUGCAAGAAACUCCAAACUUCUUAAAAUUGUUCAACAUUUUAACUAAUUUCUAUAAUUGUUGAAUUAAAAUAUAUAUUUUUAAAAUUUAAAUAUGGGUAUAGCAUAUGCAGUUAAAUAUAUUUCCAACAAAAAAAAAAGUUUUUCUUUCUUUCCUACUGUUGUCUUUUUUAGAUUUGUUUGACAGUGAUGGAAAUAUUGUUUCACUUUUUAUUAUUUUUAAAUGCUGUUGCCAGGCCAUAGCUGGACGUUUACACACCAAAAAUUGUAAUUUUUUUACAUUUUGAAAGCCAAGUAACAGACUAGACUAUAUUUUUUAAUCUGAGAUGUUUCUAGAUGGAGAAAAAAAGUGUCAAUCGGCACAGCAAGUAGUCAACGGAUUGAAUUUUAAAACAAUGUAAUUCAUGACUGUUGAUUGUAAUUCCAAUUUUAAAAAAUCUGAAGAUCAUGGAAAGGUAUCGGAGAAAAAAAUACUACAACACAGCAAAUUUAAAUGCCCAAGAGUACAUUAAAAAAUAAAAUUUGCUAUGCAAAAAUUCAUAAUUGAAUCAAAACAAUAGUAAUCCCUCAAAUGAGCUGAGAUAAUAUAUAUAUAUAUAUAUAUAUAUAUAUAUAUAUAUAUAUAUAUACAUAGAAAGAGAGACAUAACUGUCUCUUCUAUUCCAUCACUGGUUUAAAAUGUCAAAGCAAUGUUAGGAAAUACCUCUUAAGAUUUAUAAUAUUUUUCUUUCUUGUCCAAGCAUAUUUGUAUUUUAAAUAAUUUCAUGUAAAAUUUGUAGGAAAGAAUGAUUCUUUUCAAACAAAUCUGGUUGGUCAACCCAUAAAUGUUUUUCUAUAGACAUUUCAAUAAACAUUUUAUAUUGUA